AUGUCAUCGAACAAAGAUGCCUCGCUCUACGGCAUCCCGCGCCCCAAGAAGUCUGCCGACAAGGAGCUGACCUCGUCCACCAACCUCGCCUUCGCCUCGCAGCUCUCGUCGCUCAUCUCCGCCGGUUCCUCGUCAUCAAAGCCCAGCUCCGCCGGCCGCCCGCGUCCCAAGAACAAGGACGACAUCUUCAGCGUGCACAACAAGAACUCGCGCAAGCGCGCGCUCAAAGAUCUUGACGACACCGACUUCACACAGCGCCACAGCACCUCCAGCGAAACGCUCGACGAGGCAACAUGGAAGCGCUCGAAGCGGAAAAUGGAGGAGAAGGCGCGUCUGUACGCAGCCAUGAAGCGCGGCGACGUCGAGGACAUGGACGAGCGCUACGCUGUGGAUUUCGACCGCAAGUGGGCUGAAAAGCACGGCAACGGGGAAUCGGAUACAUCGUCUGACGAGGACGCCGACAGCGAGCCAGAGGAGCUCGUCGAGUAUGUCGAUGAGUUUGGUAGGACAAGGAAGGGCACGAGGGCGGACGUUGCACGGGAAGAACGACGCAAGAAGUCGAUGCUCGAUGAGCCGGACCGCUUCACUGCGAGGCCGGCGAUGCCGUCGAACAUUAUCUAUGGCGAUACUAUUCAGAGUGCUGCCUUCAACCCCGAUGAGACGGUCGCGGAGAAGAUGGCAGAGAUUGCAGCGAAGAGAGAGGACACUCCGCCGAAGGAUACCCACUUUGAUGGCAAAGCAGAGAUCAGGAACAAGGGUACAGGCUUCUUCCACUUCUCGCAGGAUGAGGAGGAGCGCAAGAAGCAGAUGGAGGAACUCGAGAGAGAACGGCAAGAAACCGAACGCAGGCGAGCAGAACGGGAGAGAAAGAAGGAGGAUAGGAAGAAGGAGGUUGAGGAACGGAGAAAAGCACUCAAGGAAAAACGAUCGAAAGCUCAGGCGGAUAAGUUCCUCGAUGGUCUUAUGGGUGAGCUAGGAGACAAGGCUGGCGAAGAUACGGCUGACUCGAAAGACGGGGGGAAAGAGAAAGCUAAAACUGAAUGA